GGAUGGUGUGCAAGGUUACAUGUACAUUCACUCACUGCGAGCUCAGAGAAAACCCUUGCGCACAAGCUAGACCAAUCCUAUAUGCAGCAAUCCAGCGCAGCUGCUUGCACGCACUGGUAUGACCAUGGCAAAUCCUAGUUUUAAAAGCAACAAUAAGUGCUUCUCAAGAAUGAACCAACGUCCUCCACAGCUAUGCUCACAACAAACGCCAAAGCAGCAGAAAGCAUCCCCUGUGCAAGAAAGUGCCAUGGCACAGGUCCUCAAUGACAGUCAGCUUCUGAGUUCUAAUAGUGGCAACAAUAUCAUGUCAGGCAUGAUCUAUGCAAUCCAGAGUACAGCUUAACAGGGGCGACAUGGACAUAAAUGACAAGACACAACAGACACAAGGGUCUUCUUCUCUCACACAGAUACAACACACACGACAGCUCCAAAUGUUCAGGCUUGAAUGUAACUCAGAGAGGUCUUCUCUUCAAGCCAACUGAAACUGCAAAUGAAUAACAUGGAGAAAUCUUCUCGAGGCAGGGUGCAAAGACAUGCAGCUGGUCUCUGCCAAUCAGUGGCAGCCAAGCAACGGUUAGUGCGGUGUCACAUCAGUUUCUCUUCU